GAAGGCGCACCACUUUUAAAUCACCGCUCUGCUAUUCGCAUUUAUCCACAGAGACCCUUGGACUUGGACGUUUGCGUAAUUUCGGACAGGUGGAGGGAUUUUAAGCAACUGCAACUUUGGACUGAUCUGAUCAAAUUGGGAUGGAAUCAAACGGCAAAGUGGGAAAACAUGGGUUGGAGGGCGAUGCGGACCUCCAGUUCUUGCUGGUGGGGGGAGAGCUGAUGAAGGUGAGGUCCUCCUUCUGGAGGAAGAACCGAUUCUACAAGCUGCAGGAGGACUGUACAACCAUGUGGCACGAGUCACACAGGACCUUCAAGAGCAACCAGACCUUCUCCAUUGAUGAGAUAGACUCGGUGCGUAAAGGCCGUCAGUCGGAGGGUCUUCAGAAGUACACGGAGGCCCACGUGGAGGACCGCUGUUUCUCCAUCAUCUUUAAGGGCCGCAGGAGGACCCUGGACCUGGUGGCUACCUCGGUGGAAGAGGCUAGGCAGUGGGUCAAUGGUCUGGAGAAGCUCACCUCCAACCGGAGGAAACUCAACCGCCAGCAGACGAGCGAACACUGGAUCUUCAACUGUAUGAGGAAAGCAGACAAGAACAAGGACAACAAGAUGACUCUGAAGGAGCUGAAACACUUCCUCCGCCAGAUGAACAUCAAGGUGGAUGACACGUACGCUGAAGUGCUGUUCGCAAAAUGUGACAAGUCUAACUCGGGCUCCCUGGAAGGUCCUGAGAUCGAACACUUCUAUAACCUGCUGAUACACCGCGAGGAGAUCGAUGUGAUCUAUGGGAAGUACGCCACCACGGGGGAGCAGAUGAGUGUCAAAGACCUGCUCAACUUCCUGCUGAACGAGCAGCGUGAGGUGGCCACCAUGGAGGACGCUGUCGGACUCAUAGAGAGAUAUGAGCUGGACGACUCAGCUAAGCAGAAGAAUCACAUGACCAAAGAUGGCUUCCUGAUGUACCUGCAGCAGCAGGAGGGGUCUAUCUUCAACCCCGCCCACAAGGAGGUGUUCCAGGAUAUGAGCCAGCCAAUCAACCACUACUUCAUCAGCUCCUCCCACAACACCUACCUGAUGGAAGACCAGCUCAAAGGCCCCAGCAGCACAGAGGCCUAUAUCAAGGCCCUCAUGAAGAGUUGUCGUUGUGUGGAGUUAGACUGUUGGGACGGGGCCCAGGGUGAGCCAGUCAUCUACCAUGGCCACACCCUCACCUCCAAGGUCCUGUUUAAAGACGUCAUCAAGGCCAUCAAGGAGUAUGCCUUCAAGACAUCAGAAUACCCAGUGAUCCUGUCCCUGGAGAACCACUGCACCCUGGAGCAGCAGAAGCUGAUGGCCCAGCACAUGAGGUCCAUCCUGGGCAGCGCCCUGCUCACCUCCCCCCUGGAGCACCAGAUGCCCACUGCCUUCCCCUCACCGCAGGAGCUGAAGGGUCGGUUCAUCAUCAAGGGUAAACGUCUGAACAAGCUGGAUGCCGUCUUCAGCAGCAUCAGUCCUGGAGUAGAGAACGACAGCGUCUCAGAGGAGGACGAGGCUGCAGAGAUCAAGGACUCCAAGAUAGACUCCAGUGGACAGAAGGCCAAACCCAAGAAGUCAAAGAUGAAGUUAUCCAAGCAGCUGUCUAACUUGGUGAUCUACUGUAAGAGUGUCCACUUCUCAGGAUUCGAUCACGCCAAACACAACCAGGCCUUCUACGAGAUGUCCUCCUUCAAAGAGAGCAAGGCUGUUCACCUGGCUGAGACAGCAGCGAAAGCCUUUAUCCACCACAACAUGACCAAGCUGAGCCGUAUUUACCCAGCCGGCUCCAGAACAGACUCCUCCAACUACAACCCUGUUCCCCUGUGGAACGCAGGCUGUCAGACAGUGGCGCUGAACUUCCAGACUCCCUCUAAGGAGAUGGACCUGAACCAGGGCCGGUUCCGGUCCAACGGGCUGAGUGGAUACGUCCUAAAGCCUGACUUCCAGAGAUACGCCGGGUCAGAGUUCAACCCUGCGACCCUCACCAAGGGACCCUGGAUCAAACACAAGGCCUUCCACGUCAUGGUGAUCUCAGCCCAGCAGCUUCCCAAGUUAAACAAGGACAAGCCUAAAUCCAUCGUGGACCCGCUGGUUAAAGUGGAGAUCUAUGGUGUUGCAGCUGACACCUCCAGCCAGGAGACACACUCCAUCGAGAACAACGGUUUUAACCCCAUGUGGAAUGAGACGUUCCAGUUUGACAUCCAGGUACCAGAGCUGGCCCUGGUCCGCUUCCUGGUCGAAGACUAUGACUCCACCUCACAGAACGACCUGAUUGGACAGUACUGCCUGCCACUCACCAGUCUACAGAACGGUUACCGCCACGUCCCUCUGCUCACCAAGCGUGGUGAUGUCAUCCCCUCCGCUGGCCUGUUUGUUCACCUCAUGCUGCUGGACGCCAAAUAGACCCGCCCACUUCACACGGACCCCUCCCACAUCACACAGACUCCUCCCACAUACUACUGACUCCUCCCACACCACAAGGACUACUCCCACAUCACACUAACUCCUCCCACACCAGAUGGACUACUCCCACAUCACACUAACUCCUCCCACACCAGAUGGACUACUCCAACAUCACACUAACUCCUCCCACACCAGAUGGACUACUCCCACAUCACACUAACUCCUCCCACACCAGAUGGACUACACCAACAUCACACUAACUCCUCCCACACCAGAUGGACCCCUGAACACUUGUGUUUUAGCUUCUAAGUGUAGGGUGAGUCUGACAGGCUAAGUUGCUUUUUUAAAGUAUUGUAUGUUUAUGAUGCAAGUAAGUUACAGGUCCUAUUGAGGGUAGUUAGUAUGUUGCUGGUCCUAUAGAGAGUAGUUAGUAUGUUGCGGGUCCUAUUGAGAGUAGUUAGUAUGUUGCUGGUCCUAUAGAGGGUAGUUAGUAUGUUGCUGGUCCUAUAGAGGGUAGUUAGUAUGUUGCUGGUCCUAUAGAGGGUAGUUAGUAUGUUGCUGGUCCUAUAGAGAGUAGUUAGUAUGUUGCUGGUCCUAUAGAGGGUAGUUAGUAUGUUGCUGGUCCUAUAGAGGGUAGUUAGUAUGUUGCUGGUCCUAUAGAGAGUAGUUAGUAUGUUGCUGGUCCUAUAGAGGGUAGUUAGUAUGUUGCUGGUCCUAUAGAGAGUAGUUAGUAUGUUGCUGGUCCUAUAGAGGGUAGUUAGUAUGUUGCUGGUCCUAUAGAGGGUAGUUAGUAUGUUGCUGGUCCUAUAGAGAGUAGUUAGUAUGUUGCUGGUCCUAUAGAGGGUAGUUAGUAUGUUGCUGGUCCUAUAGAGAGUAGUUAGUAUGUUGCUGGUCCUAUAGAGGGUAGUUAGUAUGUUGCUGGUCCUAUAGAGGGUAGUUAGUAUGUUGCUGGUCCUAUAGAGGGUAGUUAGUAUGUUGCUGGUCCUAUAGAGAGUAGUUAGUAUGUUGCGGGUCCUAUAGAGAGUAGUUAGUAUGUUGCUGGUCCUAUAGAGAGUAGUUAGUAUGUUGCUGGUCCUAUAGAGAGUAGUUAGUAUGUUGCUGGUCCUAUAGAGAGUAGUUAGUAUGUUGCUGGUCCUAUAGAGAGUAGUUAGUAUGUUGCUGGUCCUAUAGAGAGUAGUUAGUAUGUUGCUGGUCCUAUAGAGAGUAGUUAGUAUGUUGCUGGUAUUAUAGAGAGUAGUUAGUAUGUUGCUGGUAUUAUAGAGAGUAGUUAGUAUGUUGCUGGUCCUAUAGAGAGUAGUUAGUAUGUUGCUGGUAUUAUAGAGAGUAGUUAUCAUAAUUCCUCCAGUCAUUUGUCUAAGUCCUUUAUUAUAGAAACACUAAUGCAACAAGAAAAGGUGCAGAGAGAGUUGAGGGUUGAGGUGAUUUCUACGUGGUUAGGGGUAUCAGGUAGGCAGAGGCAGGGCCGGAGCUCUGGGCAGAGCUAUAGAACGAUUACUGAAGGCUACUAGUGCUUGUUAAUCAGAGGCUAAAGGGAAUCUGGCAGACAAAACUAAGCAUUGUAAUGUAACUGGCCAUUUUUGUAAGAUGUUGAUAUUUCAUAUUUGUUUAAGAAUCUCUUUAUCUUUACACUAAUUUUAAAGAAAAGCAUACUUGAUGCUUUCAAAAAAUAUAUGACUAAAACGUUCUUGAAAUGUAACUGUGGUUUAUUUUAUUGGACAGAAUGUUUAGCUUCCUAACUGACAGCCUGACAUGACAUCACUGUUGCUGCUAGUGUUACAUGUUAUUAUGACCCUCUUUUGUCUCUUGUUGAACAAAGAAAACAUGAUGGUUCAAUCAGCAUUGUGUGUCUUUAUAAACUGUGCCUUUGUUGCAAAAUGACAAUGUUUAAAAAAUAUAUAAUGUUUUAUUACUAUUCUGUAAUCAAUCAAUCUGUAAAAUAAACAGCAUUGGACAAAUGACAAAUACUUUGUCAGCACACGUCCAUAUCACAUGAUAAACAUUAAAAGCUAUUUUCCUGA